AUGACGACCACCGGGGUUAUGCACCUAGUACUGUUCAAGCUGAAAGACUCCUUGACUGAGGAGCAGGUGAAAGAGUUUUGCGAUGACAUGCUGGCCCUCAAAAGCCUCUGUGUCCAUCAUGAGACACGGGAGCCCUAUAUAAUUAACUCCUCUGGAGGCAGGGACAACAGUCCCGAGGGCGCACAGGGAGGCUUCACACAUGGCUUCGUGGUCGAAUUCAGCAACGAGGAGCAACGAGACUACUAUGUUUUCAAGGACCCAGCACAUCAGGCAUUUGUCAAGAAGAAUAGCCCACGAUUUGAUGAUGUGAGGGUUCUGGAUUAUACCAAGAGUGUAUACUAG